AUGGUAAGAGCCGAUGAUGCUCUAAUGGAGAUCAUGACUGGUCUUUUAACAGCUUAUUGUGCACUUGGAGUUUUUGGUUUCGUUUGCAAUCUACUUAACAUACCACUAUUGGUGAUUCUUCUAGCCUCGAGAAAGCUCCGUCGAGAGGCUAAGCUGAUAAUCUGCCUUACUAUUGGCGAUUUAAUCAAUUGUUUGGCUCUAACGAUGAUGGGAUUCGAUACUGUUCCGUUACAGACAUCUUUGUCAUGUGCCAGCGGACUGUACAUUUGGCUCAGGACACUCUAUUUAUGUGCCAUCAGCGUUUUCGCUGUUCUAUUAUUCUGUGCAAUUGGAAUAGCUUUGGCGAUCAUGAACAGCGGAAACGGUUACGUGAAGUUCGAUUGUGGCAGAAAGGCAACUUUCUCGUUAUUCUAUGCUCAAUCCAUUUACUACUGGGAAAUGUUAGGUUACUUUUUUGGCCUGUUGAUGAACGCUGCUGCAUAUUUGCGAGCGAAGUCGGUUAUAACAACGCCCACAGUGCGAGAGCAAAUGAAGAGGAUACGAUAUGGACUAGCACUUGGCGUGCUCUCGACGGUACUGGUGUCAGUGCCAAACGUGAAAUCGCUGUUCCUCGAACAACUCCGCUUCGCUGGAAUGGAUGAAUGGAUAUCACAAACGUUCAACUGGGCCAGCAUUAUUAAUUCUUCGUUCAAUAUCUUUGUAUACCUUUGGCUUUAUCGAGAUUUUCGCGAUGAGUUCGCCAGAAUAUUCCGAUGUAAGUCUGUAUUCACAACAUAA